GGCAGCAUUUCCCCAGGUUUUGCCUCUGCUGUUCCGCCAUCGAGCUGAAGAGGGCGCUGCUGCUCAGCAGAAGAUUUUGCCCAACACUGACAGGGGGCUCCUGCAUGCUAUACUCUUUCACUGGUAACCAUGGAGAGAAAACAAACAGGAACCUGUUCUUAGGUGGGUGCCGAUCACCACUUUUCUGUCUUUCUCUAUCGCUCUCCUACACGCAGAGGCAGAGUUCGGUUUAGGGAUUGGUGAGUGUGCAAAACGUGUGUCUUAGCUGGCUGUACUCCAAAAACACAUUCUGGCUCAUUGGCGUUAAUUAACAGCGGCUGGGAAAAUGAGGAACCUGCUGACCACCCAGAACCAGAACUGCUACCGGGAGAUGAUCGAGAAGGAAGCCUACACCCGCAUGGCGUGGAAAACUAAAUACGGCGACGAUUACCCCAUCAGCUUCCCCGUCAGAAGUCCAAAAAAAGUACCGGAGGCGCCUAAGCCUCCCACCCCGAAGACCGUCCUGCCCCCGGUGGUGAAGCCCCCGGAGAAGAAGAAGAAGGAGGUGGUGGUGGAGGAACCGGCGGAGCAGACCGUCAAAGCAGCGCCCCUGAUGAGACCCGUCUCGCCCCACACCAAGGACGCGCUGUACCGGGGCUUCUCCAAGGAGGGGAAGGGCCGUCACAUGUACCUGCGGACGCGCGCGCAGAAAGGCCCGGAGGAGAAGUUCGACUUCCCUCUGCUGUCCUCCUGGGAGUACGGCUGGAGACUGGGUGACUACGACCGAGACUACAGGUCCCCUGCGAACGGACGCUCGGGAAUUGUACGCGGAACAUUUUACGCCAGGAAUGGAAUCUUUCAUAUUCCAUCUCCAACUGAUCACCUGGGGUAGCAAGCAGAUUUCUCAACAUUAUAUACAAGAAACCACUUCAUGACAACGUUCGCAUGGCUGUGGUGAGUGAGCUAUGGCGUGACAGCGGAGCGCAUGCCGUAUUGACCGAAGGGGAACACAGACAUUCUCUUCUCUGUUUGCUUUAUACCGCAGCCAUUUGCUAGACUAAAACAAUCUCCACCGUGAAGAUAAAACUAUCAGCCGUC